GUAGGGCUGAAAGGUGGUAAUGAGAUGAGCGGAGGUGGUGGUGAUGGAGAGGAAGGGAGGGGGUCUCCUGGUAAAGAUAAACAGCCGAGGAGCCUCUGAGCCAGAGGAACAUGGCGGCCUCGGCCCUGGACGCCGCUGCCGCUGCCGCUGCCGCUCUGUCCCGCUGACCGACACCUCACCGACAACACCGAGAGACACCCGGACCGCGCGCACCCAUGGCUUCUCAACUCUCAGAGAGGACUGAAUGAUGAUGCAUGUUUACACAGGAUGCUUUGCAUAUGAGGUGCUAAUAUUUGCUGAAGAUGAGUAGUGGGGGGGGAAACACCCCGGAGCCCCCCAGAGGGGGAGAGUCUCUGAAAAGGAAGGACUGUCAGUCAGACCUCAUAGGACCCAGCCCUAAGAGGAGCACUGAGAGGAGGAACCGGGAGCAGGAGAACAAGUACAUCGAGGAGCUGGCCGAGCUGAUCUUCGCCAACAUCAACGACAUGGACGACCUCAACGUUAAGCCGGACAAAUGUGCCGUCCUCAAAGAGACGGUGAAGCAGAUCAGGCAGAUCAAGGAGCAGGAAAAAGCUCCAGUGGCUGAUGCUGAGGAGGUGCAGAAGGCCGACGUCUCCUCCACGGGACAGGGUGUCAUCGAUAAAGACGCCCUUGGCCCCAUGAUGCUGGAGGCCCUGGACGGCUUCUUUUUCGUGGUCAACAUGGAGGGCAACAUAGUGUUUGUCUCGGAGAAUGUCAGCCAGUAUUUGCGCUGCCAGCAGGAGGAGCUGAUGAACACCAGUGUCUACAGCGUGCUGCAUGUUGGCGAUCACGCCGAGUUUGUCAAGAACCUCCUGCCCAAGAGCGUGGUCAAUCAUCGCAGCACUGAUUCGUCCAACAGGAACAGCCAUACUUUCAACUGUCGUAUGUUGGUCAACCCGUAUGCCGAGGGUGAAGCCCGGCCGGCGCCGGACCAGCAGGCCGGGUCACAGCAGAAGUAUGAGACUAUGCAGUGUUUCGCCGUCUCCGAACCCAAGUCUAUCAAGGAAGAGGGGGAAGACUUCCAGUCAUGUCUCAUCUGUGUGGCAAGAAGAGUCCCCGUCAAAGAGAGACCUGUGAUGCCCACGUACGAGAGCUUCACAACGCGGCAGGACCUUCAAGGUAAGAUCACGUCCCUGGACACCAGUCUGCUCCGUGCGUCCAUGAAGCCGGGCUGGGAGGACCUUGUUCGACGUUGCAUUCAGAGGUUCCACCUGCAGAAUGAAAGGGAUAUGUCCUUCGCUAAGAAACACCAGCAAGAUGUGCUGAGGAACGGCCAUGCUGUGAGCCCUCUGUACAGAUUCUCCCUGGCUGACGGCACCAUCGUCUCAGCUCACACUAAGAGCAAGCUGGUCCGAUCUCCAGCCACCAAUAAACCACAGCUCUACAUGUCGCUGCACAUCCUGCAGAGAGAAAACAAAGGUGGCAGAAACACAGACAUAGCUGGCGGCCAGGGCGCAGCCAAGGUCACGACCCCAACAUGUGUGAGUGGUCCCUCCCCUUCGCCAGAUGGCAGUGUCACCAGCAACACGCUCGACUUGGCCUCCAGUGCCCCCAGGCGUGGUUUUGUGGCUGUACUGGGCCGGGCGCCCACGCCUCAGGGAAGCAGCCAAGCACUCAAGCUGGACAGCCCUUCAGCCCAGGGAAGCCCCAGCGUCGUGUUAGGGGCCCAGGGGGCCAUGUUGUCUCCUCGUCAUCGCCAGAGCCCCACCAUGGCGGCUAGAAGCAGCUGUAGUAGCCCUCACCUCCAAAAUCCCCCUGGUUCUUUCUCUCCUGUAGCCGGACUCCAUUCGCCAGCAUCAGUAUGCAGCAGCACAGGAAAUAGCCAAGGAUUCAACUCCCUUAGUGCACUGCAGGCCCUCAGCCAGGGCCACAGGGUUUCCCAGGGACUCACAGAGGGGCAGCAUCCAGAGUCACCUGACAGAAAGACGUUUGGCCUUCAGAGCCCUCUUCACAGCAGCAGCGCCGGUAGCCAACAAGCCCAGAACAAUCCCAUCGUAGAGCCAGGCUUAUUGGGAACGUUUGGGGAGCAGCAAGACUUGUUGUCCCCCCCAAGCCACGAGGGGGAGCAGGAGAAAGAUGGUGACCCUGACAAUUUUGAAGGAAAUGGAAGUUUAGGGGAGCCCGGCAACGCCCCAAAUCGCCCUUUGAACACAAAAGGGCACACUAAGCUGCUCCAGCUUCUCACCACCAAAUUAGAGCCCUCUGAUCCUUGCUCAUCACCCCCCCUGGGGGACGACCAGAACUGUAAGGACCAGCUGGGUGGAAUUGGGAGUGUGGGUGGGGCUGGGCAUAACAACCACUCCACAUCCUUAAAGGAGAAACACAAAAUUCUCCACAGGUUGCUGCAGAACAGCACCUCGCCCGUGGAGUUGGCUAAACUAACGGCUGAGGCUACCGGAAAAGACCCCAUUGGUCCAGAGUCAGCUUCUGGGGACAACAUGGCUGCCCUGGGGGAACUCUGCACAAAACAGGAGCCAGGGAGCCCCAAAAAGAAAGACAAUGCAUUGCUGCGCUAUCUGCUAGAUAGGGAUGAUAACGGCCUUCUGGAUAAAGCCAUCAAGAUGGAACCCGGGGACGGACCCAAGCUGUCCAACGUUAAGACGGAGAAAGAGGAAGCAGGUUUCAGCGUGGCGGACCAGACCAGUGAGCUGGAGGAGCUGCUGGAGGACCUGCAGAGCCGCGGCCAGCAGCAGCUGUUUGCAGGCCAGCCACCGGUCAGACGACCAGCCUCCUCUUCAUCCUCCUCUUCCUCUGGGCCGCCUGCUUCCUCUGUGGACAAGCAGGGGAUCAUCAGCGACAUCCUGCAGAUGACAGAAGGCAGCAGCAGCCCCCCCAACCAGCCCAGAGCCUUCCCCCCCAUCAGCCCUGCAACAGGUUUUCAUAGUGCCAGGCCGGGCCAACCGGGGCAGAGUACUCCUCCAGUCAGGAGCACCUCUCUGGACAGCAGUAUGGGCCCCAACCCCACCGCUGGCAGGCCGUUUCCUCCCCAGCACAGAACCAACGGCCCCUACUCCCUACUGCAGCAGCAACAUCAGCAGCAAGGCAUGAUGGGAACUGGCAUGGCCAACCAGGCUGCCUUGGCCAAUCAGGGCAUGCUGAGUAACGGGCCAAUGCGGGGUUCCAUGCAGCAGGGCUGGGGUCCCCUGGGGCCCAUAGGGGCUACUGCGGGGCCAAUGACGGGCCAAGGGGUUGGACCAAGUCGAAUGGUACCCAACAUGAACGCUGUGCAGCCCACGAGAGGCCCGCCUGGAUCCAGAGCCAUGGUCAACAUGCAGCUGAUGGGCAACGAGAUGGAGAUGGUGAACUCUGCCUACCCUCAACAGCAAGCCCCACCCACUCAGACUGCACAAUGGGCAAACCAAAUGAUGGCUAUGGAUCACUAUGGAAACCAAAGCAGGCCACCUUAUGGCGUCCCCCAUGAGGAUGGGAUGCGAUGUUGCGGCACAGGGCCUGAGGGCCAGCCAGAUGAAGGAGCCCUGCUGAGCCAGCUGUGCUCAGUGUUGAAGGACUUUGAGGGUCUGGAGGAGAUCGACAAGAUGCUGGGAAUCCCAACACUGGCUGGACAGGGUCCUAUGUCAGAACAGGACCAGUACCUCAUCUCCUCGGACCCAGCAGCCAACAUGAAGCCUCUCCUGUACAGUCAACACUACGGGGGCCAGCCAGGUUAUGGCGGCAUGGCUCCUGAUGGUGGGUUCCACGGCCCCUCUAUGAGUGGCCACAUGGGGCCACAGAGGAUGGCGCCCGCUGGUUACCCCCAAAUGAUGAGGAUGCCUGGGAGCUUGGGGCCCAGACCAGUUGGGAUGAGGCCAGGGGGGCCUAAUACAGGAGUGCCUCAACCUAACAACCUGCGGCUCCAGCUGCAGCACAGACUCCAGGGCCAGCUGAACCGUCAGCCAAUGGUGAACCAGAUGAGUGGAGUGUCCAAUAUGAAUCUACCUCUAAGGUCUAAUGUACCAAACCAGGGAUCCCUCAACGCCCAGAUGCUGGCCCAGCGUCAGCGUGAGUACCUCAACAACCACCUACGCCAACGCCAGCAGCAGCAGCACGUGCACCAGCAACGUGCCAUGAUGAUGCGGACUCAGGGUAUCAACAUGCCUCCUAACAUGCCCAGCGGGGGCAGCGCUCCUACACCGAUGCCCCUAGGUGGCACCAACCCACGGCUUCCGCAUGGCAGCCCACAACAGUUCCCCUACCCAGCCUCCAGCUACGGUACCGGCCUGCCCUCUCCUCCUCCUCCUCCUCCUCCUCCUCCUCCUCCUCCUCAUCCCGGCUCCUGCAGCCCCUUCUCCUCCCCUCUUUCCCCUAGCCAUCAUCUGGCUAGCCAGGGCAUGAUGGGAAAUGUAGGCGGGCAGUACAGCGGGGUAAUGAGUCCUCCAUCACAGCACAAUGCCUACCAGUUCAGCAGUUCAGGAAUGAGCCAGCAGCAGCAACACCAGGAUGCCGUGUCAGGUUUUCCGUGUGGAGUGAUGACCCCGCAUAGCCCCCUGCUGUCCCCCAGGAUUGGGCAGGGUCAAAGUUUGAUGCUGCAACAAAACCAGGGCCAAUCAGGACCCCCAACCCAGCCCCAGGGUCCGAACCAGAGAGGAGAACCGGGCUACCAGCCGAGCAACGGAUGGCCCCAACCCGCCAACAUCUCCACUAGCAACGGUGUGUACCCCCAACAGUCCCAGUCCCAGUACUCCACUCAAACCAACGGAGGAAUGUACAACAGCAGCAACAACAACAUGAACCUGGGAGUCAUGGCCAACAAUGGUGGCAACAUGAACCAGAUGUCAAGACAGAUGAGCUCCAUGAAUACAGAGCAGGUGAGAGACGGCAGCCUGAUCCUGGAGCAGCUGGCAGGGAUCGACAUGUUGGCGCAAGAGGGUGAAGCUAAUUCUAAUUUCUGCUGACCCUGGCUGUGGUGGAGACAAGGUAACACCUGAGCUAAUACACUCACCCCGUCACCUACUCAGCUCCUCUAACGGGGAAGCAUCGAGGAGCGGAGGACAGGGGAGGGAAACCCUGCUCCCUCGGUCCCACCAGGCUCUGACGCCCUCGCUACACAGGACCGACUGUAGCAGAGAGUGUGUGUGUGUGUGUGUGUGAACAACUGAAACAUCAGUUUGACACUAGAGGAGUUGAAUGGUUGACAAACAUUAAUGAAAUUGUAUCCACUAUGGUUCUACUUUAGAGCCUGACUGAAAACGUCAAAUGAGGUUUAUGGAAUAUAUUUUACAGGUAUUUAUAGUUUUGAAGAAGUUUUAGAGAUUCUUUGUACGUCACAAAAAAAUUAAGGCUAUCUUUCUUAAAGGAAAUCUCUCUCAGUGGUUCAUUUUGAUGUUGAUUUUAAAAUUAAUAUAUUUCAACUGCUGUAGUUUUAGGGGAGCUGUAUCCAUAUUUAAUGAAUUUUUGAAUGAAGGUGAACGUGUAUAGUUAGUGUACAUACUUAGAUUUUUAAAGAAAACCUUUUCCUCUAUGUGGAAUUGCAGAACAGCAGUUUGGAGUCCAACAAACAUCUCUCAGAGAGCAGACAUAUUUCAUUGGUCAAAUGAAUCAUCAGUAAGGGGGGAUAAAGAACCACAAGACAACCGGACUUGAAUGGCAAAAUAGAAACUAAAUGCUUCGAUACCAUGAGCUUGUACGUAUAAUAAAAACUAGCUAGGAAACAGCUAGCUAUUGCUAUUUAGCUUUUUUCAAUUUGAAAGUUCAGCUAAGCUAACUAGCUAACCUAGUGUCAGCAGCUCGAAGCUUUGCAGUUAAGUAACAAAUUGCUACACUUCAUAAUAUUUCCUUUCCUAGAGUUAGCUCUUGCUUUUGCUUCAGAAUGAAACAUGUUGACGACUAUUCGAUGGAUUGCCAUGGAAUUUGUUUCAUGCUUUCAUAAUUUCAUAAGUGACCCUUCUGACCUGGCAUCUAGCGCCAUCAUCAGAUCAGCUUUACUGGCAUGAAAGUUUCAAUAACUAUGUUGCCAAAGCAUCAAAAUACAAGUUGUUCAAAUAUUUAAUCAGAACACAAUUAAAAGUAAGAUCACAUUACCAUAAUAUUAAGAUUGAUUUAAUUUGGCCAAAACGUUUUUACUUGUUUAUGAUUACAUACUUGCAAAAGUAAUGUCAUUUAAUGAGCCUCAGCUGUACUGUUUAUAGUGCUCAUUCACAAAUGUUAGCAUGCUAACACGCUAAACUAAGGGGGAGCGCUGUGCGCAUGAUGCUGCUAAAUAUCAGCAUGUCCUCUUCAUCGGGAGCACCGUGUAUGGUCGUGUUAUUCUGACUUAGUCAGAAACAGUUUGUUUGCUCCGCCCACUACGAUUUAACCAAUGAAAUUAUUUCUGCCUCCAAAGCAGCGUUGCCUCUAAAAAAAA